AAGGGAGAUAGUUCCUAUUUUUUGCUUUGUUCCUUUCUGACUAUUGUUGAGGACGUCGACAACUUUUUGUAGAUAAAGGAUUGUCAUUUGUUCACAGAUUUUAUGAGCUAGGACAAUCAUGAAGAUUUUGAUUUCAGUAGCAAUUUGGUGCGGUAUUAUUGCCGGAAUUUUUGCAGGCAACCGAGGAAGUGGUGGUGGUGGAGGAUCUUCCUCAGGAUCUGGAUGGGGUCAGCAAGGAGGGUCGUCGUCAUCUUCAUCAAGCGGAGGGGAAUGGCUGCCCGGAAAUGGGGGGUAUAGCAGUUCUUCAAGUUCUGGUUCGGGUGGUUGGGGCCAACAAGGAGGGUCAUCUUCUUCCUCGAGUGGAAAAUGGCAGUCGGGAAGUGGGGGGUACGGUGCCCCAGCGGCAAGUAGCUCCUCAGGCUCUGGCUGGGGUCGAGGAUCAUCUAGCGGGGGACAAUGGCAAGCGGGUAGUGGGGGCUACAGUGCCCCAGCAGCAAGUAGCUCUUCCAGUGGUUGGGGGCAACAAGGGGGGUCGUCUUCUUCCUCGAGUGGAAAAUGGCAAGCGGGUAGUGGAGGAUAUGGUGCCCCAGCGGCCAGUUCCGGUUCCGGGUGGGGUCAGCAAGCUAGUCGUAAACCAGCUUCAUCGUCUGGAUGGCAAAGCGGAGGUGGUCGUGGGCAAAGACGCGGAGGUGGCCUGUCAAGUUUCUUUAGAAGUCUGAAAUCUCUGUUCAGUCGAGGUCGCAGCAGUGGUGGUCGUGGUGGUGGCUCCGGUUGGUCUGGUUGAUUUAGUCAUGCAAAUAAAAAUUGUGCACGUGCCAGUACAUAAUUAUGACGAUGAGGAUGACAACAAUGAUUGCUUAUACAUCAAAAGAGCUCAUUUACUGAUUUAAGAAUAUCAAUUAUACGAGUUUAUUACAAAAAUAAAUUGUCUGCAUACGUUAUUAUUGUACAAAAAUAAAUAUGUAAGUAUUUAA